CCUGUCAGCAUGGUGGAACACGCUGAAUUUCUGAAGGCUGGAAAGGAGCCAGGCCUACAGAUCUGGCGGAUUGAGAAAUUUGAUUUGGUUCCUGUGCCAAAAAACCUGUAUGGAGACUUCUUCACUGGAGAUGCUUAUCUGGUUCUGAACACGGUCAAACAGCGGAGUGGGAACCUGCAGUAUGACCUGCAUUUCUGGUUAGGGGAUUUCUGUAGUCAGGAUGAAAGCGGUGCAGCUGCCAUAUUCACUGUCCAGAUGGACGAUUAUCUUCACGGGAAGGCUAUCCAGAAUCGGGAGGUGCAAGGGCACGAGUCUUCAACUUUCCUGGGAUACUUCAAAUCUGGCCUGAAGUACAAAACUGGUGGAGUUGCUUCUGGCUUCAAGCAUGUGGUUCCCAAUGAGGUGACUGUCCAAAGAGUCCUUCAGAUCAAAGGCAGACGAGUGGUUCGAGCUACUGAGGUCCCUGUGAGCUGGGACAGUUUCAACAACGGAGAUUGUUUCAUCCUUGAUCUGGGCAGUGACAUCCACCAGUGGUGCGGCUCCAAGAGCAAUCGGUUUGAGCGGCUGAAGGCCACCCAGGUGGCUAAGGGGAUCCGGGAUAAUGAGCGGAGUGGCCGUGGCAAAGUCUACGUCAUGGAGGAAGGGUCAGAGCGGGAGCAAAUGCUGCAGGUUCUGGGACCUAAGCCCGAUCUGCCAGAAGGAGUCGCUGAUGACCUCAAAGCUGACGCAUCCAAUAGAAAGCUGGCUAAGCUGUAUAAGGUCUCCAAUGGUGCAGGGAACAUGGCUGUCUCUCUGGUGGCAGACGAGAAUCCGUUCUCCCAGGCCGCACUGGACUCCAACGACUGCUUCAUUCUGGACCAUGGCUCUGAUGGGAAAAUCUUCAUUUGGAAAGGCAAGAAGGCCAACUCCGAAGAGAAGAAGGCAGCCCUGAAAACUGCCUCCGAGUUCAUCUCCAAGAUGCAGUAUCCCAAACAUACCCAGGUCCAAGUCCUGCCCGAGAGCGGCGAGACCCCCUUGUUCAAGCAGUUCUUCAAGAACUGGCGGGACAGAGACCAGACGGAGGGGCUAGGCACAGCCUACAUCUCCAGCAACAUCGCCCAGGUCGAGAAGGUGCCCUUCGACGCCGCCACGCUGCACAACUCCACAGCCAUGGCUGCCCAGCAUGGCAUGGAGGACGAUGGCUCUGGCAAGAAACAGAUCUGGAGAAUAGAAGGCUCUGCUAAAGUGCCCGUGAAUCCUUCGCUGUAUGGCCAGUUCUACGGAGGGGACAGCUACAUUAUCUUGUACGACUACAAGCACAGUGGAAAAACGGGACAGAUUAUCUACACUUGGCAGGGUGCAGAUUCCUCCCAGGAUGAGAUUACAACCUCCGCAUUCCUCAGUGUCCAGCUGGACGAAGAGCUGGGAGGCAGCCCCGUGCAGAAACGAGUGGUGCAGGGAAAAGAGCCAGCUCAUCUGAUGAGCAUGUUUGGCAAGAAACCUUUGAUUGUCUACAAGGGUGGAACCUCCAGGGAUGGAGGCCAGACGGCACCAGCCUCAACACGGCUGUUUCAGGUCCGGUCCAGCACCUCCGGAGCCACCAGAGCCGUGGAGCUGGAUGCUGUUGCCAGUGAACUGAACUCCAACGAUGCGUUUGUCCUGAAAACUCCCUCCACUGCUUACCUUUGGGUUGGCCAAGCAGCCAGCGACACCGAGCUAUCUGGGGCACAAGAGCUGCUGAAGAUUCUGGGAGCUCGCCCAGUACAAAUUGCUGAGGGAAGCGAGCCAGAUAGCUUCUGGGAAGCUCUGGGUGGAAAAGCAGCGUAUCGCACCUCCCCCCGGCUGAAGGACAGGAAGAUGGACGUUAACCCCCCUCGCUUCUUUGCCUGCUCAAACAAGAGCGGACGCUUCAUUAUUGAAGAGGUUCCUGGAGAGCUAACCCAAGAUGACCUUGCUACAGAUGAUGUUAUGAUCCUUGACACAUGGGACCAGGUCUUUGUCUGGAUUGGAAAUGAGGCUAAUGAAGAGGAAAAGACUGAGGCCAUGACAUCAGCUAAAAGGUACAUUGAGACUGAUCCUGCCAACCGAGAUAAGAGAACUACUAUCGCGAUCAUCAAGCAAGGAUUCGAACCUCCCACCUUCUCUGGCUGGUUCCUGGGCUGGGAUGACGAUUACUGGACUGUUGAUCCUCUCGAGAGGGCAAUGGCAGAGCUGGCUGCCUAAGUAAAGAGGAUCCUUUUUUAAAUAGAGCAAGUUUGGUGCCUUCAAUGCCUACAGAGCUACGUCCUCCUGCAGGAGACACAUUAAUGUGGCAACUGUUUUUAAUAGCCCACUAGCUGUGCAAUAAUUAAAGAAAUUCAGGAUGAGUCCUAUCACUCUACCCGCUGCUUUGAACAUGGUAUUUAAUACAAUAAAGCUUACAUGGAACGUGCGAACAC